AUGGAGGACAAUCGUAAGAAGCGGAGCCCCAAAGUGUCUCUCCCCCAGCCCCCUCCUCCCCCGGUCAACCCCCGUAAGCUCUCAGUCCUCCCCUCCAGCAAGAGUGCCACCUUCUCCCUUGGCCUCCCCCAACCCCCCUCCCCAAAAAACAGAGGCAAGUUCAAGAGGUCCAUUGGGGCAGCAGGACAGUCCAAAGAUGUGCUCAGUGUGGUCGUAGCAGCUCCACCAAAGACCACAAGGUUUGUAACAGUCACAAUGUCUACUUUUAUCGGUCAAAUUAGUUGGAUUGACAAAAUGUAUAUAAGAGGUUGAAUUAAUGUUACAUUAGGGUACAGGUUGUGUUUACUGUUUCCUGUUGUCUGGUCUGUGUUCACCAGGCCUCAUAAGGAGAAGGCCAGGGCUCCCCAGCCCGCAGGGCCCAGUAAGGUGGCCCAAUCCUCCCCACUGCAGCACUCCUUCCUCACGGACGUCUCUGAUGUGAGAGAGAUGGAGGGAGGCCUCCUCAACCUGCUCAAUGACUUCCACUCCGGAAAACUGCAGGCCUUUGGUAAGAUGACCAUGGAACACACUGUGAAUACUGAGACACAGUUACACAGUGGAAAUGCGGCCAUUUGUUUGACAUUGUGCCAUAGUACCAUGGUUACAUAGAAAGUUAUGUCUCUUUGACAGAUAUGUAAAAGUGUGUAUGACCCUUGCUGUGUCCUCUCAGGGAAGGUGUGCUCCUUUGAGCAGCUGGAGCAUGUGCGUGAGAUGCAGGAGAAGCUUGCACGGCUACACUUCAGUCUGGACAGCCAUGUGGAGGAGCUGUCAGAGGACAAGAGGAAGUGUGCCUCCGACCACAACCUGGAGCACCUGCUCUGCAAUGUAAGCACCUGACCUAACACUCUACAAUACUCAAUGAAUGAUUUACUCACACUGUAGUACACAGCUCACCACAGUUUAUGUCCUUACCUAGAACAUACGCAUUGGGCAAAAACUGGUUGAAUCAACAUUGUUUACAUAUCAUUUCAACAAAAAAAUGAAAUGUGAUGAUGUUGAAUCAACGUGGAAAACUGAUUGGAUUUGGAAAAAAAGUAAUCAACGUAAGGGAAUAUAGUCUAAUUUUCACCUAACUUUUAACUUAAAUCCAAUGGCGUGACAUGUUUUGUUGAUUUCACAUUAGUUGAAAACUCAACCAAAUGCACGUUGAACUGACGUCUGUGCCCAGUGGGUAGUGUCAUGUUGAACCACACUAGUCAAGUGAAAUGGUUAUUUACAUGCUGUUUGUAAAUAAGCAGAAUAUGGUUAUUCCCACACAUGAAUGUUUACAUCCUAAGCAGAUGCUCUUGAGUCAUAUAUUUCUUCCAGCACACUGCUGUCUUUUGGACAACAUCCAGUCCAAAAAUGUGAUAAUUAAUAAUGCAUGCUUUUCACAUACUGUCCAGGCACACAGUAGUUGGCUGUGGAGAGGCAGCAAACAGUGAGAUCGACAGACCAGAGACAAUUUGACCUUAGGCUCAAAAUGUCUAAUGUGUCUAUUGUUAGUUCGAUUUCUAGGAUCCACUGCUGUGGUGUGGUAUUUGUGCUGGGGGGGAAUUGCUGUGGUAUGUGUGAGGGUGGUGUGAAAGCCCUUCAGCUCAUUAUAUAUAUGGGUGCCAAGAAUACUCUGUAGCCAUAGCAGCAGAGGAUAAUGUAGCAGCAAAACAGAUGGGCUGUGAAAUUACAUUUUCACUGUUUAAAUUAAUGGCGCCGGAGGGGAUGGCUGCCGUUUUAUGGACUCUUAACCAACCUGCUAUUUUGUGUGUUUUUCGCAUUGUUUGUAACUUAUUUUGUACAUAAUGUUGCUGCUACUGUCUCUUAUGACCGAAAAGAGCUUCUGGACAUCAGAACUGCAAUUACUCACCUUGAACUGGAUGAAUAAUUUUUCUUUAAUGAGUCGGACGAGAGGGAUUUGCUCCAGACACCCGACAGGGCCCUCAUCCCUGUCAUUCGCAGUAGAAAGAAAAGGAGAUAUUGCGGAAUGAGAUCGAGGGUGCUUGGUAAGGAGCCGGCGACGAGUGGCUAAUCUGCCUUUGCCAUCAGCACUCUUGGCCAACUUACAAUCGCUUGAUAAUAAAGUGGACGAACUACAGGCACGAAUAUCCUACCAACGUGACAUUAAAAACUGUAAUAUCUUACGCUUCACCGAGUCAUGGCUGAACGAAGACAUGAAUAACAUACAGCUGGUGGGUUAUACACUGUAUCGGCAGGAUAGAACAGCAGCCUCUGGUAAGACAAGGGGUGGUGGUCUAUGUAUAUUUGUAAACAACAGCUGGUGCACGAUAUCUAAGGAAGUCUCAAGGUUUUGCUCGCCUGAGGUAGAGUAUCUCAUGAUAAGCUAUAGACCACACUAUCUACCAAGAUAGUUUUCAUCUAUAUUCUUCGUAGCUGUCUAUUUACCACCACAACCCGAUGCUGGCACUAAGACCGCACUCAAUGAACUGUAUACGGCCAUAAGCAAACAGGAAAACGCUCAUCCAGAGGUGGCGCUCCUAGUGGCCGGGUACUUUAAUGCAGGGAAACUUAAAUCCAUUUUACCUCAUUUCUACCAGCAUGUUAAAUGUGCAACCAGAGGGAAAAAAACUCUAGACCACCUUUACUCCACACACAGAGACGCGUACAAAGCUCUCCCUCGCCCUCCAUUUGGCAAAUCUGACCAUAAUUCUAUCCUCCUGAUUCCUGCUUACAAGCAAAAACUAAAGCAGGAAGCACCAGUGACUCGGUCAAUAAAAAAGUGGUCAGAUGAAGCAGAUGCUAAGCUACAGGACUGUUUUGCUAGCACAGACUGCAAUAUGUUCCGGGAUUCUUCCGAUGGCAUUGAGGAGUACGCCACCUCAGUCACUGGCUUCAUCAAUAAGUGCAUCGAUAACGUCGUACCCACAGUGACUGUACGUACAUACCCCAACCAGAAGCCAUGGGUUACAGGCAACAUCCACACUGAGCUAAAGGGUAGAGCUGCCGCUUUCAAGGAGCGGGACUCUAACCCGGAAGCUUAUAAGAAAUCCCGCUAUGCCCUCCGACGAACCAUUAAACAGGCAAAGCGUCAAUACAGGACUAAGAUCUAAUCGUACUACACCGGCUCCGAUGCUCGUCGGAUGUGGCAGGGCUUGCAAACUAUUACAGACUACAAAGGGAAGCACAGCCGCGAGCUGCCCAGUGACAUGAGCCUACCAGACGAGCUAAAUUACUACUAUGCUCGCUUCGAGGCAAGUAACACUGAAACAUGCAUGAGAGCAUUGACUGUGUGAUCACGCUCUCCAUAGCCGAUGUGAGUAAGACCUUUAAACAGGUCAACAUUCACAAGGCCGCAGGGCCAGACGGAUUACCAGGACGUAUACUCCGAGCAUGCACUGACCAACUGGGAAGUGUCUUCAAUGACAUUUUCAACCUCUCCCUGUCUGAGUCUGUAAUACCAACAAGUUUCAAGCAGACCACCAUAGUCCCUGUGCCCAAGAACACUAAGGUAACCUGCCUAAAUGACUACCGACCCGUAGCACUCACAUCUGUAGCCAUGAAGUGCUUUGAAAGGCUGGUCAUGGCUCACAUCAACACCAUUAUCCCAGAAACCCUACACUCACUCCAAUUUGCAUACCGCCCCAACAGAUCCACAGAUGAUGCAAUCUCUAUUGCGCUCCACACUGCCCUUUCACACCUGGACAAAAGUAACACCUAUGUGAGAAUGCUAUUCAUUGAUUACAGCUCAGUGUUCAACACCAUAGUGCCCUCAAAGCUCAUCACUAAGCUAAGGACCCUGGAACUAAACACCUCCCUCUGCAACUGGAUCCUGGACUUCCUGACAGGCCGCCCCCAGGUCGUAGGGGUAGGUAACAACACAUCUGCCACGCUGAUCCUCAACACGGGGGCCCGUGCGUGCUCAGUCCCCUCCUGUACUCCCUGUUCACUCAUGACUGCAUGGCCAGGCACGACUCCAACACCAUCAUUAAGUUUGACGAUGACACAACAGUGGUAGGCCUGAUCACCGACAACGAUGAGACAGCCUAUAGGGAAGAGGUCAGAGACCUGGCCGUGUGGUGCCAGGACAACAACCUCUCCCUGAUCAAGACAAAGGAGAUGAUUGUGGACUACAGGUAAAAGAAGAGGACCGAGCAUGCCCCCAUUCUCAUCGACGGGGCUGUAGUGGAGCAGGUUGAGAGCUUCAAGUUCCUUGUUGUCCACAUCACCAACAAACUAACAUGGUCCAAGUACACCAAGACAGUCGUGAAGAGGGCACGACAAAUCCUAUUCCCCCUAAGGAGACUGAAAAGAUUUGGCAUGGGUCCUCAGAUCCUCAAAAGGUUCUACAGCUGCACCAUCGAGAGCAUCCUGACUGGUUGCAUCACUGCCUGGUAUGGCAACUGCUCAGCCUCCGACCGCAAGGCACUACAUAGGGUAGUGCGUACGGCCCAGUACAUCACUGGGGCCAAGCUUCCUGCCAUCCAGGACCUCUAUACCAGGCGGUGUCAGAGGAAGGCCCUAAAAAUUGUCAAAUACUCCAGCCACCCUAGUCAUAGACUAUUCUCUCUGCUACUGCACGACAAGCGGUACUGGAGCGCCAAGUCUAGGUCCAAGAGGCUUCUACCCCCAAGCCAUAAGACUCCUGAACAUCUAAUCAAAUGGCUACCCAGACUAUUUGCAUUGCAUCUUUUACGCUGCUGCUACUCUCUGUUUAUUAUCUAUGCGUAGUCACUUUAAUAACUCUACCUACAUGUACAUAUUACCUCAAUUACCUUGACUAACCGGUACCCCCUGUAUAUAGCCUCGCUAUUGUUAUAUUUACUGCUGCUCUUUAAUUAUUUGUUAUUUUUAUUUCGUAUUAUUUUAUAUUGUAUUUUGUAUGAUUUAAAAAAUAUAUUAUUUCUUAAAACUGCAUUGUUGGUUAAGGGCUUGUAAGUACGCAUUUCACUGUAAGGUCUACUACACCUGUUGUAUUCGGCGCAUGUGACAAAUAAAAUGUGAUUUUAUUUAAAUUAGCUAGAAGAAUUUAACUUAAUCAUUUGGGCUUAUUUAGGACUUACGAACAGUAAUACAAUGAUAGAUGUGGUGAAAUGAUGUUGAGUAUUGAUCUAACAUUCUGUAGGCUAUUGUUGUGUAAAGCCUAUGCUUCCAUCUAAUGAAUUUUGACUUAGAUUACCUCAACAUUGGACUAUAUAAUCUGAUCAUGUACUUCAUUUCCCCUUCAGCUGGAGGAACUCAGCAGCUCAAUGUAUCCUUUUCUAAAAGUUGUCUUGUAAUCUCUGGGAUUCACCUGGCUCACCAGGGAAAACACUGGCUUUGAAUCAUCUAUAUUUAGCUUGAAUCCUUAACGUGUCUGUGUUGGAUCCUUAAUGUACCUUUGUCCAGACAAAAACUACACCUGGCUGAAAACCAGGACCUGUCCAAGACUUCUGGACCUUGACGAGAGAGAUUAGGAUGACAGAUUGCUCAUCAUCCCAUGACGACGAGGAAAGGUUGCCAUUAUAUUGAUCCAACUGCCUUAGCACCAAAACUGGGCCACAUAGAGCCCCUGGUUAGAUAAAGAUUUAUAUAUGAUUGAUUCAAUCAGGUGUCAACUGUCAAGCACAUCAACUGUGAUCUAGCGAUAAAUACUCCACAUUCAUAGCACAAGUUCUGCUUAUUUUAGUUAUAGCACUGUACUGUAGUCUACAUCUUUUGUCAAGGAAUAUUCCGAAAGUUAAAAAAUAGCCUUUGAACUUAUACUUGUAUAGAGUGCAGCGGCAGGGUAUGCUACUGAAUCCUGUUAUUUGUGUGUGUGCACAUCUGUAAAGGGGACAAGAUAUCCACCAUCUUUAUCCAACUCUCUAUUUCAGAGGCACACAUACUUUAUAAUCUAAGUGAGAAAGGUUGCUGUAAUGCUAGGCAUUGAUAGACAUUGAUAUUGUGCAUUUUCUCAUUAAUCGUCAUAUGAUCAUUUCUUUACUGAAAUUAAGGACAUCAUUAUAUAUCUUUGAUUGCUGAAUAUACAGUGGGGAAAAAAAGUAUUUAGUCAGCCACCAAU